GCAAAAUAUCCUCUUAGACAUUCGCUCCGUACGGGACCUGCCAGGGGACAAGUAAUUACAAACUAUUUCAGUAUGACAUUCGACCCGAAAACAAUCUUCUACGAAUACCACCUCAUAGGCAUACCAGCAUCCGAAUCACGGGCCGGCAAGAAGCGUUACACGGAGACCAUCAUUCAAAAUGUGCCCUUCCUCAACACUAAUCGUACCCUUUUCGCUACUGACAACGCCGCCACCAUCAUUUCCUGGAUAAACCUACACCAGUAUGCAACCGGCGUGCGCGUUGCCACUGGUGACCCAGUCACUGGUGUCGGAGGCGCAUGGAGACUACUGGAUAUCGUUGAUCGGAACACCACUACGCGUCUGACUUUACAGUACUCGGGGCAGGUCGAUAUUGCUGGCUUACAAUCGUACGCAAACACGACGCAUCCGAAUACCGCAACCUACGAUCCCAGUCCAGCAGAAACUGCGCUUAAUACCAUCAUAGCCACAUGCAUCACGAGCAACAACACAUUGCAUCUCAACAACCACAAGUUCUACGUUCGCGAUGCCUUUCGAGAUUUGAGAACAUCCGAAAACAACGCUAUUGCUCCUCUUAGACCGUUGCUGGUCAGUGAAGUUCUGCAACAUGGCUCCGGACCUUUCGGUGGAGAUGUCGAAGAUGUGAAGCGAGCACUCAAGAAUGUCAGGGUCUACAUCAACUACUAUCGCGACAGCAAGGAUCAGAAAACCGGCGCACCGAGCCUCGACGUCCAGCACGCAAGACUCAAGACAAUCCGUAACUUUGGACUGGCAUGCAGUGCACAGACCUUUCUGUGGGAAUGCAAAGACACGCAAGGGAAUCCUAUCGCCGGGCAUCGGGCUAAUGUUACCGUUCAAGAUUAUCAGUCCCGGCAAUACGGGCGGACACUGCGACAUCCUGGUUCGCCUGCGGUGAACAUCGGCACCAAUCUGGCACCUACAUGGUUUGCUCCAGAGGAUCUUCGCAUCGUUCCAGAUCAAAUAUACGCAAAGAUCAUACCCGAUGCAGUAGCCAACGACUUCCAUCGUGACGCUUGCCGGCGGCCAAACGAGAUUCGAUCACGAAUCGAGCAAGAAGGGCUCGUUCAUAUCCCGAUUACUCCACAACCCCACAAUCUCUUGCGUUGUGCAUCGAUAAGUGUGAAUCCAACCAUGCUCCAGAUACCUUCCGUCCAUCUGCAAUACCCAACUGUCCAGUACAGCGGCGCUACAACCAAAAAAGCCAACCAUUCAGGAAGAUGGAAUCUUCAAAACGCCAAAUUUCUCCAGCCUAAGACUGAAAACGUGACUUGGAAACUCAUCGUAGAAUCAGGCAUUGAGGACAACUCGGUCAACAUCCUAACGCAGCACUUCGACUUGCAACUCAUACAGACCGGUGUUACAUUGACUGCUUCAAGGCAAGGCGCACCACUGAUCUUGCCGCUGAAUGCUACCGAGACCGACCUCCAAAACACUAUUGCUACCUACCUUGAGGAUCUGGCAAAGCAAGAGGAACUGAAACAGAAACAGGAACCAGUACCAGUACCGGAUAUCUUCGUCCUACUGUUAUGCAGGAAAGACCAGAAUCUCUACUCCAGCUUCAAGUAUCUGGCCGACAGAGUCUUUGCGGUUCAAUCGAUCUGCAUGACUGAAACCAACAUGACGGCACCCGGUGGAAACAUCACGCAGUACAUGGCCAACAUAGCCAUGAAAGCAAACCUGAAGAUGGCAGGCAUCAAUCACUCCUCACCAGGCAUAGAAACUUGGAUGAAGAACACGUUAGUUCUGGGUGCUGACUGCACACACCCAGGCAGUGCAGCACUAUUGGGAAGCCCUUCUGUUGCCGCCGUUGUCGGAUCACUAGAGGCAAAUGGUGGAAGAUUCCGCGGAAAGCUCAAGCUUCAAAAAGGCAAGCAGGAGAUUAUCACCGACUUGGGAGAUUUCCUACUUGACCACUUUCGCGAUUGGUACACUUGGCAUAAACAGAAGUUUCCGGAAAACGUGCUCUACUAUCGCGACGGUGUCAGCACCUCACAAUACGACGAAGUGUUAAGGGUAGAGCUUGCCGGUAUCGAAGAAGCCUUUCAGAAGUUGGUGACCCUCUUUGGAGGUGGGAACGUCAAGAAGCCGAAGAUCACUGCGGUUAUCGUGAACAAGCGACACAGUACCCGGUUCUUCCCUCGUCAACAGGGCGAUGCGAUACCUGGCAAUGGCAACUGUAAGCCUGGACUUCUUGUGGAAAGCUCCAUAACAUCACCGUGCUACACAGACUUUUACCUCCAGUCACACAACGGUAUCAAGGGAACUGCUCGGUCCACUCACUACACUGUCAUCAGAAACCACAUGGCGAUGUCUACCACUCAAUUGGAGGACCUGACACACAAACUCAAUCACACCUACGUCCGAGCUACACUAGGCGUAUCCUACGCGGCACCUGCCUAUUAUGCCGACCGCCUCUGCGAGCGAGCGCGCUGCUACCUUCGUACAUGGUACAACCCCAACCCAAGCAUGCGCAACAAUUACCAGAACCUUAUCCGCCAGUGUGAAACCACGGUUGAGACGAAACGCAACAACUCCAAUGCGAAUAGACCACCCCGUCUCAGAGGCCACAAGAAGACAGACGUGGAGAUUGCUGAAGAGAAGAAGGACGCAGCUGAGGUCCACGAGGCUCUGGAGGAAUGGCUCAAACCUAGGAUGAGAGCAAGGUUCGUCGGUGAAUUGCAUGACGUAGCUAAUAAUGACGCGGGAAGAAAGAGACAGAUGAAUAUGUUGCGCACCAUGUAUUGGAUGUAGGUCGAGAAAGGGAGGAGAGGCGAGCUGAGUAUGCUGGUGGAUCGCUGAGGCUGGUGGGACACAGCUGGCGGCAUAUUUCCUUCGUUACUGUCUCUUUUGCGCAUUUCCCUUGUUUCCUUUCGUCUGCUGUUGCGUCGCGUUUCCUACAUUGUUGUCAUAGACUCUGCUUUCCGCUCAUAGAUUUCCUUACCCAAUAGACUGUUUCACUCACAAAUCCAG